UGCGAUAGUGGCGCUGCGAUUUGUAUCAGUGGAGUGGACGGGAUGUGUCGUUUAUGUUUGUUGUUUUUCUCUGCUCUUUUUCCCAUUUGUUCCAGUUUAUGCAAUGCUAUUGCUCCUCCUUAUUACGGACUAGAUCGACCAGCUUUAGAAUACGAAUUACCACCUUUGCCUUAUCUGUUUCACGAACUCGAACCUUUUCUAGAUGAAGAAACUGUCAGAAUUCAUUAUCUCGGACAUCAUUCCAAAUAUACCGAAAAUAUGAAUAUGGUUUUGAAAGAAUGGAGGAGAAAUGCCCAGGGUAAACAAACCUCUAGGAUUUCUAUCAUUGAUAUUCUUCGAAAUUUAUCAAGAGUUCCAAGUAGAUAUCAAAUAACAUUAAAAAAUAAUGGUGGUGGGUAUGUGAAUCAUGCCUUUUAUUGGGCUGUAAUGUCACCAAAUUCACAAAAUGAGGAUAGAAUGCCUCAAGGACAGUUAGCUGAGGAUAUUAAAGCUAAAUUUCGUUCUUUCCUAGAAUUUCGGGACACUUUCACGGACAUGGCAGAAAAAUUAUUUGGUUCAGGAUAUGUUUGGUUGUGUAGGAAUCAUAGCCAUUUUGAGAAUCCUCAAGAUUUGGUCAUAGUGACAACAGCAAAUCAGGAUUGUCCACUUAGUAAUGGCCUAUGGCCAAUUCUUGUGCUUGAUGUAUGGGAACAUUCGUAUUAUUUAAAAUAUCAUAAUCAGAGAUCAAAAUAUAUUCAUGAUUGGUGGUAUCUAGUUGACUGGCAAAAUGUUUUGAAAUUAGAUGAUUGGUGGAAGGGAUUGAAAUUGCAUGAUGAAUUAUAACAUUUAUAACUAAAAAUUUGAUAACUGGGGCCAAGCUAGUCUGUAUAAAUCUGUGUUUACUUUAUCAAAUUAAGGUAAUUAAAUAUUUCCUAUUAAUUAUUUCCAAUAAAAUUUUUAUUGUAUAAUAAUUUCAUCAAAGUUUCAUAAAAUUAUAUUAUAUUAUUUAAUAAUUAAAUUUUUCAAAAAAGAUGCUAAUCUUUUGACUAUUAUAACUACAUCUUUUUAUUAAUUAUUUGUUCCUAAAUUUAAAUAAUAUCCGUCCAUUAUAUAUUUUAAUUUAAUUUUUUAUAAAGUUAAAAAUACAUAAUAUAUACAGGAAAUCCUCAUUAAUUUGAACUUGGAUAGUUCAAAAUCCAAUUAGCACUUUUGUCUUGGCCAGGAAUAUAGAGAUUUACAAGUUAAGGAAUUUUGUUAGUUUGAAAUUUGAAGUGAAAAUUCUAUCUGAACUGCAAUAUGCAUAUGUUAACUCGUUCGUUUAGAUUGAAGUGCCUCCAUAUUAUAAGAGAACAAGAGACCAAGAACAACUCUAAUCUGGUCACCAUAGCUUUGCUUUUACAGUAACACAUUUUUGGGUAUCAUCUUGCCCAUAGAAUACCGUUAUUCUCUUAUCUCAUAAAAUAUGUCUGGGUUUCAGGAUUGUAAUAUUGGGCUACAAGUAGCAGAUUGAGAUAUUUGUAAGGCUAUAGGCUACUAGAUUUGUACUAGAUAGGUUACUACUUUUUGGGCUACAUUUUGAGGAAUUUUGCUUUGCUUUUUAUAAAAACUAUCUGGCAACCUGCGAGCUUCUCACUGGGCACAUGCUAUUUACCUGCAGCAUAUUUAUAUUAUUAUUAAUUAAUGAAAAUAGCAUUCUGUAUAUGUAGUGUAUUCCAUUUGCUUAAUAAAUUACAUCAAUUACAUGGCAUUUGACAUAUUGUACAGAAAUAUGUAAACCAGAUAAUUCAAAACUCAAUUAUUCAAAGUCACUAUUAUUUUGUUCCUUGAAUUUUGAACUAAUGAGGAUUUCCUGUAUAUAUAUUAUUUAAAAUAUUACAUUAUUUAAUUUAGAGAUUUUAAAAAAAAGGUGCUGAAAUCUGCAGUUUAAUUAUAUAUAAUGUAACAAAUUUUUUAAAAAAAGAUACACAAGAAUUACGUAAUCUUAGCAAAUCAUUAUUAUUCUUUAUCAAUUCUUAAGUAUCACAUAAAAUAAACAUUUUAAACCAUGACUCUUAUAAGAAAAUCAAGGAACUUUAAUUAACACUAAUAUUUUAAAGCACUUUGAUUUUCAGAGCCUGUUACAAAAUUAUACUACAGAUUGAUGUAAAAAUUUACUGUAAAAUGCAUAUUUGUUCUAAAAUGUUAAGAUUAACAAUCAUUUUGAAAUAUUUAUAAUACAUAAAACUUUUAUUCCAAACCUUUUAGUCAUAAUUUAAAACACAUUUAUAGAUAAAUCCAAUAUGUAACAAUAGACAAAAUUUUGUUAUACUUUUGUUUUUUAGUCAAACAGAACUGUAUUGAUUGUGGAACAUGUAUAUAAAAUAGCUUCAACAUAAAUAGAUAUUCAUUAUAAGAUUCAAAAUAUUAAAAACAGGUUACUAGUUUAUUAUAUGGUAAUUCAGUGAAACAUGGCUUUUAAAAUACCUUUUAUAUUUUAGAACAAUUUAUUAUUUAUUUUCAAUUUUAAAUAAUAAAAAUUAUCUGGUAUUUUAAUUAUUUUUAAAUUUGUUAAUCAGUGGUGUGCUGUCCGUGGAAGUGCCGCUCCCCUUAUAUUUUCUAAAGUAUAAAUACAUAUUGUGUCUAUUUUCAUAUUUUAACGUACUUUGAAUUACUUAAAAUUAAUAUUUUAUUAUAACCGCAUUAUGUAUUUUAUUACAAAUUUCUAUACAUGUGAAAAACAAUGAUAAGAUUGCUAUUGUAUAUUCGAAUAUAAAUGUGUGUGUACAUAUUCCCAAUGGAAGCACUGUAUUGUCGAAUAUGGAACAGUGAAAAUAUCUGAAUCGUAUAAAUCAGCCAGAUUGCAUGCAUUUGCACAUGCACUUUUCAGAGUACAAGGUAAACCAACCUCUGGUGGUUUACUUUGUAGAUGCUACACACCAAAAUAUUGUAUAAUGCGUCUAGUGGUUCUAUCCAUUAGCUACUCAUAGGGAGCUACUUGACUAAAUGCACUGUUUUAAGAUUUAAAAAGUAAAGAUUUUAUGUUAUUUUUAUAUAUGUUUCUUUACAAAGCUAUAUUUAAUUAUAAUUUUCUUUUAAUUAUAAUUAUAUUGACAGAU